UCUUACGCAUACCUACCGACCGAAUAAAGAAAGAUUUGAGGGGUUGAGAAGGUCUUGUCCUACCUCUUUAUUUGCGUCUAAUCAACCCCCUCUUCUCUUUUUCUCUUUUUAGUUUGAAAAAAGAAGAAGAAAGUUAACAAAAUUGAAUUCUUCCAUUCUUGAAUUAUUUAAAGUUAUGCAUAUGACCGUAUAGAUUCGAAUGGAAGGAGUAUUGGGAAUAUUGAAGCUGCGUGUGAAGAGAGGGAUCAAUCUUGCGGUUCGUGAUACCAAAAGCAGCGAUCCUUAUCUCGUUGCAACCGUGGAUGGCCAGAAAACGAAGACCAGGGUUGUUAAAGGGAACUGCAAUCCCGAGUGGGAUGAUGAAUUGACUCUCACCUUGAGGGACCCCAAUACACCAAUCAACAUUGCUGUGUAUGAUAAAGAUAGCUUUAGUAACGACGAUAACAUGGGGGUGACAGAGAUUGAUGUAAAACCGUAUAUAAAAUGUCUACAAAGGGGUUUGGAGUUGAAGAACCUCCCGGAUGGUACGAAACUGGAGCGUGUUCAUCCCCAAAAGACCAACAACCUAGUGCAUGAGAGUUGCAUAGUUUUGGAGAAUGGAAAAAUUGUACAAGACAUGACCCUUCGAUUGAGAGAAGUUGAAUGCGGUGAAGUUGUAAUUCGAAUGGAGCUGAUUCCUCUUCCAGGUCGUAAAUUAUGUGUCUAGAACCAUUCCAUUCUCCUUCAAUUUUUAAUUUCGUGCUUAGCUAUUAAGUAACGAAAAACAAAAUAUAUGUUAUCAUCAGAUAUAAGAUUAUAGUACGUUCAAAUACAAUACGCUUAAAGUAAUUUUAUAUUUUUGGAUGAAAA